CGCAAUUGGCAGACUCCCGCCGCCAGCCGCAGUGACCGCAAACCAACAGCAUGUACAGCGUAUUCACGCAAGAAAGACGGCAGCAGGAGGGAAGAGAUACCGCUCGCAUCAGGCGCCUCAACUUCCAUCAGCCCGCGCACUCACCACACGCAGCGGUUGCAUCGCCUGUGAUCCAUGUCCACCAUGACAGCGCAGGCGAUUCAGCCAAGGCCGCCAGGUCCAUCCGGCGGGUGUCCAGCUGGAUAUCCACCGCCGUAUAUGCGAGCGCCGACAGACAAGCGGAAGAAGCGAGAGGUCAACAGGCGACGCACGCACGCGGUGCCCGCUUCUGGCCGGUGAAGAGGUAAUAUGCAUGCAUGCUGUCCAGGAAGGUGCAUGACGACAGCAUUCCACGGUUGCACUGUCUGUUGUCUGUGUGCAGGUACGAGGAAGAGAGAACCCGCAUCAUCGAGACUCUGGACAGGCAGAGCAGGGAGCUGCCGUCACGAGAACGUAAGAACGCUGUCCGCCCUCGGAUCUGACUGAUGCUGACAUGACCUUCUUGUUGUUGCAGCCUAUGCCGGCGGCAACCUUGCGAACGUGCAGCGCGACGUUUGCAAGUCCAAGCACAUCGGGGCUACAAUCAGGUGAGAGACAUGCAGACACGCACACACCUCCUUGUUGCCCGUCGGUCACGAUGACAGGCACAAGCCGAAGCUGGAGUCUGCCCGCAUCAACGAUUCUAUCAGCCGGCAAGGCACCUUGUUCGUGUCGCGGCCCCUGCCGGCCCUUCCCCCGUCGUCCCACGACAGCACACUCUUGAUGACAUCGCAGUCCACAUGGCGAUUCAGCGGGGGCCCUUCGACAGAGAGGCCAUCCACGUACAGACUGAUGGUAGGCAAGGCGGCAAGGGAGCCAGGCAUACACCAGCCGUGUGUGUGUGUGUGUGUGUGUGUGUGUGUGCGGUAAGGGUGAUCCCUAUGCGUCGAAGAGCACCUUCUUCCAUCCCGCCACCUCCUCCCUGCCGCCGCUGAGCUCCCCCCGUCCGCCGCUCCCCUUCGUCUGCUCAACCGCACGGCUGUCCUCGCCCCUCUCCAGCACCGUGAUGGCCAUGACCACGUCGUCACUCUGCUGGCCGCCCACUGAGCCAUGCAAAGAGGCCGACAGUGUGGAAAAACAGCUUCUGCGAAAGGUGAGGUGCGCGAGAGACAGCACAAGGAGACACGAUGGGUGGGUGGUGCAUGUUGGUGGGUUGGUGUCUGCACUGCAGGGGUACAGAAAGUACGUCAGGAGGGGCGAGAGGGAGGCAGAGUCACCACCAGGGUAGGUGACAUACGAGACAGAGACAGCCAGGCAAUCAAUCGAUGUGCCAAACAUGUGUGUGUGAAUGUCUGUCAGUCCCGCGUUGGCCACCGCCCAGCCGUUUGUGCAGCUCGACCCCACGAGCCUUUUGGAGAGAAAACCAGACAGAGACAAGCACCUGCACGGCGACUUCAAGACAAUCGUGGCCCGACGCAAGACUGACGCACAUCUCAAAUCGCAGCGCACAUCAGCUAUCAUCGCGAGCAGACCCGCACAGCUCCGCGACAGCCUUCUUGAUGAAGAGGACGAUCUGCUGGACGUGCUGGACGACGGUUGGGUGGGUGAGAGGGAGAGUGUGCGGGGCCGGGGAGGGCGGGCGCUGUCGAUGUCGACGAGCAUAACGGGAGGAGGGCUGCCGCCGCAUUCAGGCAUGACCACCACCAGCAUGUCCACCAAAUCAAGACGGAGGUGAAGACCGGGGCACAAACACACACAAACACGCACACACACACACAGAGAGAGAGAGAGAGAGAGAGAUUCGUGGAUGAUGUGCUCGUUGGUUGCAGGACUUACUUCAAAUCGCUUCAGUCAUUCGCCCUCGGUGGCGCCCUGACGCCAGCCAAACCAUCGGAGGCGCUUGUAGGCAGCCACGCACCGACAAGGAUGCCCUUGUGUCUCUCUGGGCGUAUUUCGUCGAUGUGUGUGUGUGGUUGCCAGGAGGACUCACAACGGCGAGGUGCAAGGAAGCUUCUGUCUAAACUCACUUCUGCUAGAUAGGGGAUGACACACGUGUGUGUGUGUGUGUGUAUUGCUCCAGCCCAUGUAGCCAUUGGCGUAGACGUGGUGGUACAUGAAGGGACUCAUGCAGCC